GCAACAAUGUUACGUAAGCCAUCGUGUAAGAGAAUGAGGCAAAAGGAACGAGAAUUUUGUGCGAAGAAAGUUGCACCACUGGCGCAGGAAGAGGAUGAUUGCACAGAAACACACCAUAAACGAUCAUAUUUCAUUUUCCGGAAGAAAACUUCUCGUCACCAACGAUCCGGAAAAUCACUGUCCAGAUACGAGCGGCGUGGCUCGAUCGAAGCAGCUAAGCAAAAAGGUGUGGAAAAAGAGUGCCAUUCGGCGGUCGAAUAUUCGGAACAUUCGUCAAAUGCGGACCUGGAAUAG